UGCAUUUAUCGAGUGGCCACAAACAUCAGAAUAAACAAACCCGUAGCAAACACUAUUAAAAACUAAAGUUGUUACUAAAUGCCGCGUUACAUUAUGGUGAUGAUGUAACUAAGAGAAAUGCGUAAUCAAAAAUAUGCACCAAUGCAAACGUGAAUGCGUAAAAACGUUAGCGUUGCGUGGCAGUAAUUAAAAUAAUACACACCGAAACUGUGAUAAAAACACACGCACACACGCACACUCACACAGUGAGACCGACCACUUGAACAAUGGUGGGUGAUAGCCAAGCAGGCAAUGGACACGACGUUAUCAGCAUCAACGGCACUGGCAAUGGCCAGCAGCAGACAGCGGCUUCCGCUUUCGCCUCCCCUCCCACCACUCAGCGUAAAACAUCGUCCGCGUCAAAGUCACCGCCGGCAGAAGUGCGCAUUCUCUGCUUUGACCUGAGCCACUACAAUCGAACAACGCAAUUUUUGCUCAGUUGUGCCGGCGUUUUCAUACUCUAUAUUAUUUAUGGAUAUCUGCAAGAGCUGAUCUUUACGGUUGAGGGCUUUAAGCCAUAUGGCUGGUUUCUCACGCUGGUGCAGUUUGGCUACUACAUUGGUUUUGGUUUGGUAGAGCGCCGUUUGGAGUCCUAUCGAACGCAAGGCGGCACAAUUUGGAGCGUUCAGCCGGCACCACGAUGCAUUCCUCUGCGCACAUAUUUUGUGCUUGCUGCACUGACGCUGGGCACAAUGGGAUUGUCAAACUCGAGCCUCGGCUAUCUCAACUAUCCCACUCAGGUGAUCUUUAAGUGCUGCAAGCUGAUCCCAGUGCUUGUUGGCAGCAUCAUUAUACAGGGCAAGCGCUACGGACCACUUGACUUUGCUGCCGCAAUGGCUAUGUGCAUCGGCUUGGCCUGGUUCACACUGGCCGAUUCGCAGCUGACACCAAAUUUUAAUCCUCUGGGCGUCGCCAUGAUAUCCGGCGCCCUGUUGUGUGAUGCAGCCAUUGGCAAUGUCCAAGAGAAGGCUAUGCGCGAGCACAAAGCGCCAAGCAGCGAGGUGGUAUUCUAUUCAUAUGGACUGGGCUUUGUCUAUUUGUUUGUGAUUAUGUUGCUUACCGGCAACUUUUUCAGUGGAUUCGCCUUUUGUCUGGUGCAUCCGCUGGAAACGUUUGGCUACGGCUUUCUGUUUAGUCUCUCGGGCUACUUGGGCAUACAAUUUGUGCUGGCUUUAGUUAGGAGCAGCGGCGCUCCCUUAGCCGCAACAGUGACCACCGCACGCAAGGCUGUGACCAUAGCCUUCUCGUUCCUGCUCUUCAGCAAACCCUUCACAGUGCAAUACAUCUGGUCCGGCCUCAUCGUUGUACUGGGUAUUUAUCUGAAUGUCUACAGCAAGAAGAACAAAUUGACCUUCACGGAUUUGCAGCACAGGCUCAAGCAAUUCAGUGCGAAACUAUCGCGUUCACCGAGCCGCAAAUUCCUUAUUGAAGUAUAAGCAUCGAGUGUACCAAAAAAAACCUUAAAUUUAACUUUUUAGUCGAAUUGGAACAACAAUAUUCUAUAAGAUAACUAUGCACUAUGCUAAAGUAUACAUAAAUCAUUUUGCUAUUAA